AUGUCACCUGAAGAAACAGUUUGUAAGUACUGUGGAGUCAGCUAUCUAAUUCUUCAUGAAUUUAAAGCAAUGGAAGAAAAAGUGAAAGCAAUGGAAAAAAAGAUGGCGUUUUAUCAAGGAAGUGUAGAACGUGAAAAGAUACUUCAAGAAAAACUACAGUCUCUCAGCCAAGAUUUUGAACAGUACAAAAUUGAGAGUGAAUCCAAAACAGAAAGAAUUCAGGAUGCAAACAUGCAGUUAAAAAGUCAACGAAUUGAAUUUCAGAGAGUACAAGAAGAAUUGAGUCAUUUGCAGCAGGAGUUAAAAAUUAAACGUGAACAAUCACAACUCUUCAGUCGAAGAUUGUUGGAGUGCAAACAUUUCUGGAAUAAGACACUUUCAUUACUUACUUUUACUAAAAGAGAACUAACCAGUAUUAAAAAUGAAGUUUAUGAUAAUUUUCAAAACUGGACUUCACUGAAAGCAGAAGUUUUUCUACAAAUUAAAUCUAUAAGCGAAACAGCCUUGACAGAAAUAAACACGCUAAAUAAAACUUUGACAGUGUUCCAGAAAAAUAAGAUAUGUCUUGAAGAGGAAGUGAAAAAUCUGAAGUUACUGUCAGAUGCAGCCAUACUGAGGUCUCAGCAGAUUCAGACAUCCAAACAACAGGAAGUAAACUUGCAGACCAGAUGCUAUGAUUUACAAAAAGAAGUACUAGAUCUGUCCUGCCUGCAGGAAUCUCUAAGCAUUCUGGUCAUGGAAUGCACCGACUCAUUAAAGGAAGUUGAUGUUUAUAUGGUUAUGAAUAAAUCUAACGAAGCCGAUACCUAUCAAAGAGACCUCAGGAAACUGGAGUUUGAAUCCAUUAUUUCUGAAUCACGACACACUAGGCUGCUUAAUGAAAAAGAAGACUCUUUAAUGACUUGUCAGCAAAUAUAUAAAACUUUACAGGAAGAGCUAACUACAAAGGAAAGGCAAGAAGAGGACACAAAAAGAAGAAUUAACUUUGCAGAACAUGAACUAGGGAUAACCAAAACUCUUCUGAAUCAGGCAAAGGAAGAGAUUUUAACACUGAAAAAUGAAAGGGAACUGAUGCUGACUUCACAUCAGAAAAUCAUCGAGCAGCUGCAGGAAACCCUUAGACAGAAGCUGCAGAGUGAUGAUAACUGGAGGGAGAAGAUUAAAGCUGAACUCGCCAAGGAAAGAGCUCAACACCUCGCGGACUUUGAGGAGCAAGCUGUUCUCUUUAGGAAGGAAGCAAAGCUGGAACUUGACAUUGAAAAAGAAAAACACGAACAAAUGAUCCAAAAGUAUAAACACGAUCAAGAGGAACUGCAAACGAAGAUAUCUGACUUAAUCACAGGUGCUACAAGAGAUCUAAGGCUGGAAGUGACCACUCUUGAAGAAAAACUCCAUGCAUCCCAUGUUCGAUACACUGAAGAAUCUGAGUCAAAAGAAAAAGAAAUAGAAAACCUUAAAAAUAUGGUUGUAGAAUUUGAAUCUCGGCUGAAGAAGGAAAUUGACAGUAAUGAUUCAGUUUCAGAAGACUUGAGGAAGGAAAUGAAACAGAAGUCAGAUGAACUGGAAAGAGUAAUGCUGGCACAAACCCAACUGAUCCGGCAGUUCAACCGGUCCCAGGAAGAGAACACUUUUCUUCAGGAAACAGUGCGUAGAGAGUGUGAAGAACGCUUCGAGCUGACAGAGGCGUUGAGUCAAGCCAGGGAGCAGCUCCUGAGGCUCAGGAGGCUCAGCGGAGGGCCACUGUCACCGUGUCCCCUUAGCAAGGGCAGCCUGACCUCCCCUGCAGCUGCAGUGGGUCAUCACAGAGAGAGAAGCCUGGCAAGACUGAACUCUGAGCAAGGAAUCAAAGUCCCCACCCUGCACCGAGUGUCAAGACCCACCACUUCCUCAACCUCAGAUACGCCCAAGAGGGUGGGCAGCUUGGGCUUACCUGUGGUCCUCCAGCCACGUCCUCCCACGGGUGGAGCCUCUGCAGUAAAUGAGACCAGACAGGGACUGGCCUCCGUUCUUCGGAGGAGGCUUAGUCAGCACUGA